GUUUCGCAUUCGAUAUUAGCAGUAUAUUUAGCACCUUGUUGUCGCAUUGAUGUGUCUUUUAUAGUUGUUUUAUAGUUAAAAAAUGUUACUAGUAUAAAAUUUCAGAGUCUACCGGGCAUUGUGGCUUAAUUAUCAAUCAGAUGAGCGGUCAGAUCUGACUAACUGCUCUGGCUAUGUCGGGAAUCGUACGGUGCGUUGUGAUGGCUCCGAAAACCACAGCUUCGUCCGCGAAACAAGCUCGCGCUGCGCCAGUGAAUGCAUCACAGAGCGUCAAGGAUCUUCCCGGAGGCACCGUUGCCAUUGCCGUUCACGCUAAACCUAAUGCAAAGCAAAGUGCCGUCGUUUCCAUAUCCAAAGAAUGUGUUGAGGUGCAGAUCGGCGCCGCAGCCAGAGACGGGGAAGCUAAUUCCGAGUUACUGGAGUUUCUCGCAGACGUGCUGCACGUGAAGAAAACCUUGGUGUCAUUGGAUCGUGGAUCAAAAAGCCGCGAAAAAGUGGUUCUUGUCACAGCUAGUACUUCCGCACGCGAAGUUUUAGAACGGCUCACGAUGGCAUGUCAGUCGCAGUAGACUUUCUUGAAAUGAGGUAUUUUAUCGCUUUGUUUGCUGUUCAGCAGUGACGUAAUAUCUCGCUAUAAACGUGCAUGGAAGACAUAUAAUUGCUGUCCAGUUAACUUAUAAGCGGCGUUGUUUGUAUCAUUGUAUGCAUUAUAUAAUAUUUUCUUUUAUCUGUCUGAAAGUUAAACGCACAUAAAUUACGUUGUUUGAAUAAAAUAAUUCUGUAUGACUUUACGAAAUUUUAUGGUCAUAAGCUUGGCCAGUUGCAUUUUCAAGUUUGAUUUGGGGUUGAGCUUUCUUCUUUGAAGUACUGUACUGUUUUUGAUUAUGUCAUUCCAUUUUAAAGUAGUGCUAUUUAAUUUUACCUUUUUGAUGGUUUCCAGUUGAUAAAUACAUAUAAAGUUCUUAACUCAAUUGAUUUGCUCAUUUAGUCGGAAAUUCUCACGAGAAUAUGCGGUCGUGUCUGUGUUCACGGGUUCUCACAAAUGGGAACAUACCUUACUGAUGGCUGGCUAGUUGGGCCAUUUGUGGCAGACAUGAAUUCCCGGUUCCCCUUCGAUUAUCCAAGAGAAAUUCCAGUUUAUUUAAAAUUACAUAUACGAGUUUUGAAGUACAGACUUUGUCUGUUCUUUUUUAGGAUUUUAUUUAUUCCUCAAGUUUAAGAAAAAUAAUUCCUUCGUGUGCGCGUUAGCGCAGCAUAAUUUCUUCGCUUCGAUCAUAAAAUUUUUUUUAAUUAGUGCAUUGUUCUUCCUCUACAUCUACUG